AUGUCCGGCCACAAGCGCGCAGAGUCUUUGAACAGCCUGCACCUGGAGCAUGCAGCAAACCAAGGCCGUUUCGAAACCUUUUACCCCAGCCAGGACCCAGAGUCUCGCCCCAAGAACCAGUCAUUACCGAGCUUCCGCGAGGUUUUCGGCCCCCGGGAGGCGCUGCCGGCCGUCCCCCAGGCCGCAGCACUGCCGUCCCACUUGGCUGCUUCACCAUUGGAAGGAUCCCCGCAUGCAGGAGAGGGCUCCUCCUCGCUGCAUCAUCCUGCGGCGCCAGACCUGCAUGUCUCCUCCGCGGCCGCAGCAGCCCUGGCCCCGUCAGCAGCCGCCGCCCACCACCACCACCAUCAUCACCACCAUCACCACCACCACCAGCGCACGCUGUCCGCCAACAUCGAGGUCGACUACGCCCUGUCGCCCACCUCGCGCAAGCGCAAGUCGGACCCCUUCAAGCACUGGGGCGCCCACCAGCUCCAGAAGAAGACCUACUUCCCUUCGCCGUCCAAGAAGCCGCGGAGGUCAGACGGCGGCCUGCUCGAGCAAGAUGAGGACCCGCAGCACCAGCAGCAGCACCAGCAGCAAGACCAGCUUCUCGGCAGUGGCGGGCCGGGCGGCGGCGGCGGCAGCAGCAGCAGCAUAAGUCGCCGCGGUCCCCUCACCGCCACCGCCGCCGCCGCCCCCGGCCGCCGGAGCGACCUCGACAGCCUGGGCAGGCUCAGCAUCAAGCCGUCGUCCUCGUCGCCCACGCCGUCGGCGUCGUCGCCCUCGGCCGCGUUCCCGCCCAACCCGUUCGACGUGCGCUUCGUGCACCUGCCCGGCGAGGAGACCAACAGCGUGCCCGUGCACGACACGUGCGACGCCGUGCGCGCCAAGAUCUGCGCCUUCCUGUCGCACCGCGGCAUCACGCAGGCCGCCUUCCUGCGGGCCAUCGCCACCUCGUUCCACGACGGCCGGCGCUUCCAGGGCGCGCAGCUGUCGCGCUUCCUCGCCCUCCAGGGCCCCACGGCCGGGUCGACGAGCGGCGUCUUCUACGCCGCCUACGUCUUCUUCGAGAAGGUGCGCAUCCGCGACGGCGAGCCCAAGAGCGCCGAGCGCCUCGAGCUCGAGAGGCGGUACCCCGAGGGCUUCAACUCGGCCGACGUGCGCAACUGCGUGUCGAGGGUGGAGCAGCAAGCUGCUGCUGCCUCUUCUGCCAAUGUGUCUCCGAUGUGA